AUGGACAGGCUACCCCAGGACAUAGAACAAGCCGACCUGAUCUUGGUAUACACACCCAAGGCAGCAGCCAUGCUUGUCGUCAAGUCUGCUUCAGCCAGACAAGAUCCAAGCUCAAGCGCACCCUGUAUUAUCGUGCAGAAGGUGGACUGGCAUAUCCCAGGCUCCAAGGGACAUUGGACCUUGAAUGGACCAAACGUCUACUAUGAAGACUCAGACUCAGACGAAGAUGGAGACGCAGACGAGGAGGACGAUGACAGGAACUGCACGGGCGAGGAGAUGACCCUGGAAAUGUACAUUCACAAAUUCAAAUCCCAAGUUGAAGGUGACGAUGAACCCAAUGUGGUUGUCCGACCUCAUGGGCGUGAUGUCCUAAAGCAUUACUUCUUCGGCAGCUGCCCCAAUUGCGGCGUCAAUGGAUGGUUUUGCCGCGGCUGUCAGCAGAUGUGGCCUGAUCUCUUUGGUAGCUGUGGGGAUGACCUGUCCUGCCCUGUCUGCCAUGGGUAUGAUUUUGCUUGUGAUGAUAACAUGGCUAUCAGGUAUCAGGAGACUCUUAAAGGGAGGCUGCGUCAGCGGCAUGAGCACCAGCACGAUUCCGCGUACUCAAAAUCUGAGAGACGAAGCCUACAAGAGGAGAUGCUGUCUUCGCUUCGGGAUAGAUAUGAGUGGAUGAACACACGAAGGGCGGAGAUGGGGAUGAGAAAGGAAGAUGUGGAUGAAAACCCCGAGGGACGGGGCCCUAAACUCAAGUUGGAGGGCACGAAGAGGGAACUACAGGAGAUUUUGAACCUUCAGGAUAACCAGGAGCGGGCAGAUUGGCUUCGGUCUGAAAUGGUCAAACCACGGUGGACAGAGCGCUGGGACGACCAUCUCAGCAAGAACGACGAGAAGGAAAGGGGGAAGGGCAUUUGCGAUAUCCAAAACAGAAUACUGAGUGGCGAGGCCCAUGGCGUCCUUAAAUACAGCACGGCCCGACCCUGCAAGGACGAGUCUACACGCGCUUGA